CCGCCAUGGAAGGCAUGGAUAUAUCUCCUCAAUUUAAAACGACAUCCCUCUCCGUCCCGUCGCCGACCGCCUCACACGUCGCUUGCCUCUCCGGCGCCCGACUGCAAAUCCGCUGCCUCACCUCUUUCGAAAUUAUCCGCAGCAUUCUACUUCCUUCCUCGCAUGAUCUCCGCAUUUCCCGCAUUGCAUGGUCUCCUCCGUCCACGACUCGCCCACGUACAUCUACACCUCCGCGCCACCAUCUUCCCGUCCGCUCCCACCGCGUCCUCAUUGCCGACGAUGACAACACGCGCGUCUAUGACCUCCGCGACGAUAAAUGGAGUGCCGUGAUAAGCAAUGGCUCAGGGGGCAUGGGCAAGAAUGUGCAUGUAGAGUUUGGGAGGACGGAAGAGGAGGUGUGCGUUUGGAGCGAUUUCGCGUCGAAGUUAGUAGUGUGGUGUUUGAGGACGGGAAGAACGGUGGAGAUUAGGGACCCGAAGUUCAUCGGAAGGGGGAGCCGAGGUUGGGGGUAUAGGCCGAGGAGUGAGGUAGAGGGAGAAGCGGCAAGAGGAGUGGGAGGGGUCAUGGCCGUGUUGUGUCGCAAUGCAGGACAAGAUGUUUUGAUGCUGCUUGCGCCAAGGACGUAUACUGUGCUGAAGAGGGUGGAGCUUCCGACUGUUGACGCGCAGGGGCUGAAGUGGAGUCGGGAUGGGCGGUGGAUCGCGAUAUGGGAUGCUGCGAGCGCGGGAUACAGUUUGUGCAUAUACACCGCGGACGGACACCUCUACCGGACGAUAUCGCGCGAACCGUCGGACGAGUUGAACGAGUGGGGGAUAGAAGGCCUAGGGAUCAAGAACGUGGAAUGGGUACCGGGGAACGAGUGGUUAGCCGUCGGAGGCUGGGACCGACGCGUUCGGAUACUCUCCACGCGAACGUUUUCUCCGGUCGUAUAUCUAGAUCAUACAGCGCAGAUAUGCGUUCCCACCGUGCCGGUGUAUACGGAACAAGUCGAUGCGAGCGGGGCCAGGAGCUAUUCGGUCACUCAGCAACCUGUGACCCUGCCGAAAGCUCCGCUCGAGAAGAACGACAACGGGCUCAUGAAGCAGGGUAUCGGUCUCAUGGCAUUCAACAGCGAGGGCACGAUGUGCGCGACAAGAGAGGAUUCGACGCCUACUACGGUGCGCAUAUGGGAUCUGAGGAGUUUGAAGCCGAGGACGAUUCUCUUACAACACUCGCCGGUUAAGAGCCUGCGAUGGCACCCCUCAAAUCCCGCUCUUCUUUUCAUCCAGACAGCGCAGGAUUCCCCAGUGCUCUAUCUGUACACCGCGCCAACACUCUCAAACUCUACAUCCUUAUCGACUACGGUCCUCGCUCCACCGUCCACCCUCGACCUCUCCUCCUCUAUUAGCAAACCUGCUGGCUCCUUGCCCCCCAAAUGGUCCACCAGCUGGCUCAACACACCCACAGACAAGAAACCCGCCCUCGUGUUCGGACAUCAAUCCUACAUAAUCCUCUGGCCAGAGGGCAGAGACCAGAUUCUGAAGUUCGAGAACCAGGAGGCGGAUGAGAGUGAUGACAGUUUGUAUGAUAUUCUGACGGGCAGGACGCCUAUUCCACCACUGCAUGGAAGUGGAAGUAGUGGAUUUGUAGACGUGGAGGCGGAUGGGGGAGAUGAAGGAGGAAUGGGGAGGGAAAUAGAAAUAGGGUAUGAAGAGAAUACGGGGAGCUUUGAAGAUACGUUUAGGGAGAGGAGAAAGGGGGUUAAUGGCACAAGAGGGGGUGGCGCGAGGGGGAGAAGCGUGUUUGAUGAGAGCGGGUUGGAUGAAAUGUUCUGA